CGACCUUUCGUACCUAUUUGAAGCGUCGCCUGCUCGUCUGCACUCGUACUAGAUCUGUUUGCGGUCGACUUGGUUCAACCUCGGCUUAGUUCAGCUUCGCUGAUUCGCACUUCCCUAUCUGUCAUGAUCUACGAUCAGGAUAGGCGAUCCGUUCCUUUCAGCAGUAUAUCAGAACCCGGAUAGCCGUACGAUUGAUGCGCUCAAUGGAGGAUAAACGGCUCCACUGAUUUACCGCUGUUGGAUAGUCUGGUCUCGUUCUUUCGGAGUCGUACUCAUCCCGAUCAUCAUCCAUAUCAUCUAUACUGGUUCGUCUUUUUCACAUUGCUCCUAGAAAUAACGCUGGCGUUCGUUCAAGUCAUGAGUUGCGUGCUCAACAUCUCCCUCGCCAACCUUUCUGAGGGAGAAAGCAUCUUCGACCCUGCAGUCAAACCAUGGAUCGUCUCCUCACUCGCAAUCUCUGUAGGCCAGAACGUCAUAGUGACCUCACUCAUCGUGUACAAGAUCCUGUCGGUGAACAGGCGAGCCACCGGGAAAUCCCAUGGCACCCUGGGCAAAACAGCUCAGAUGCUCGUCGAGUCGGGCGCAUUGUAUGUGGUCACUGUGUUUGUGUACUUGAUGACCUACGUGGCGAACAACAACGCACAGUUCUUCAUGAUAGACAUUCUUAACCCGGUCAUCGGCAUCACAUUCUCCCUCCUUGUCGUUCGGGUAGCGAUAAGACGAUCGAACCCGCUUUUAAGCAUAGAAGACGCCGAUCCUCCAUCUCAAGAACAUCCAACCGUUCAGUCCAUCGUCGUUUCCGUGCACCAGACACGUGUUUCCGAGGGCAUGGAUUCAGUUUCUGAUCUUGAACUUGGGUCGAAAUAGCGCGUGGGUCGUGCCGGCAUGCUGAUCUUAUUUUAACGCAGUGGUGAUAUCAAUUGAUGUGUACAACAGUGGACGGUUCUAGGCACGUGCUGUGCGCGGAGGACUUCAGACUGGUCUGUUUCUGUACGCUAGUAUAUGAAAAGAGGGGGCCAUUUCCCUUGGAUGUGAAGCAUAUGGUGCAGCUUUGGACCAUUGUAACUGUGUCUGGUUUUCUUAACAUC